CGUCACGAAGAGGUUUCUGGGCUUGCAGGGCCGGUUCGGAAGUGAGGUUGGAAGGAAAUAUAGACGCAGCGCCCUAGAAUGGACGCCGGGUAAUUGUUAAGAUGGACAAGUCGUAUUGGAAGUGAAUUGAACGCGGGCGCAGGGAUGCUCUUGAUUAACCUUCUGCUAGUAAAGUCAGGUACCGCCGCCCGCUGGCACCGGCACUGGGUUCGCUUCUGACACGAGCGACUACAACUUGAAUCACCGAGCGCCGUAUUUGGUGAUCUUCAGUGAAGAAAAGAGGUUGUCCACGCAGCGGAACGAGUGAUGAGGCCUUAAAGAACAACCUCAACCUCAACCGCAGUCUCGUCCGCUUGUCCUGCCUCCCGGUUGCCUCUGCCCGCCCGUCUUUCAAAUCAAGCGUGCCACAUCAGCGGCAACAAUUGGCAAGGCAGGCGGUCGCGUUUGGAUGCCAACUGUACGAUCGCUUUCUUCACGUCCAGUGGCCUGCAGUGGCCGGUGGUGCAGGACCUUUUGCUGAUCCUGCACGCUGUCUGCGGAGGCUUCGGAGGCCAAUCAUUGGGAAAAUAUUGAAAGAACUGCUCGGUCCUGGUCCCGAACUAUGCGUUGGUUCGCCUUGUGCCAAUCGCCCUCGCCAGCGAAAUCGGUCCCGACUUUCCCAUACGCUUCCCCGGCCAUGAGCAUUGUUCCAGUCGGUUGGUGAGGAUCUUCUCUCAGUGGCUUGAAACUGGCUCGCCAGGCUGGCUUUCCCUGGCCGUGGCCUACGCGUGGAAAUCACUGGGGCAGGGCUUCAGCCUUGCCCGAGGGGGCAACUUAUGAAGAAAAGCAAUUGGGCGUCCUCCGCGAUUCAAUAGGCCGCGAUGUCGACCUUCAAUGGCCUUGUGAAGGAGUUCCCCAAUAUCAGAGUGGACUAUUUUCGGACACAUCCAGGCAAGCCUCCACCAGCAGCAUACUUCCUUAGCCAUGUCCAUAGUGACCAUCUCCUGGGGUUGGAGUCAGUCAAGAUGCCUUUCGUCUACUGCUCAGCGACGACACGGCGGAUCCUUCUGAAACUGGAGAAAUAUCCGCAUCGCAUCAACUUUGCAAAGGGUAUCCUUGAGUCUCGAAAACAACAUUAUCGUCAUCUAAAGACGAUCUUGAGACCUCUGCCAUUGCAUGUGAGCACCGAACUCGAACUAGGUCCUAAAUCUACUAUCAAAGUCACCCUGCUGGACGCAAACCACUGUCCAGGAGCUGUGAUGUUCUUGAUUGAGGGUGACGGCAAGGCGAUCCUUUACACAGGAGACAUCAGAGCUGAACCAUGGUGGGUGAACUCGAUCGUGCAGAACCCAGUGAUUUUGCCAUAUACAUGUCGGUUAAAGACACUUGAUUGCAUCUAUCUUGACACAACAUUCGCAUCCCACGACGAGCCAUAUCGAGAAUUUCCCACAAAGGCAGAAGGCUUGAAGGAGCUUCUGGAGAAGGUCGGCCAAUGCUCCCCCGACACUAUUUUCUACUUCAGAGCAUGGACCUUGGGCUACGAAGACGUCUGGGUGGCCUUGUCCAAUUACCUAGACUCGCGAGUCCACGUCGAUGACUAUCAGCUUCGCAUAUUUCGUCCCAGCAAGGACUCCGGGGAGGAUUCCGUUCAUAACGAAGGUGCGGCUCUUACUGGUUUCAUGGUGGGAAACCACACGCGCCCUGGAUGCUUGUCUUCCGAGAUGAACGCUAGGAUCCACAGUUGCGAACCAGGCAGCAAAUGCCACUCAAACAUUAAACGGUUGAGAAACAUCAAAUGGAUCACCCCUAUUAUAUCCAGGCUCCAGGACGGCACCGAAGUUAGGGAACUAGGUGCAGGAGGCGGAGGAGGCGAUCUCUAUCAAACCUCCGAUCUGAGACUGGACGAUUUGGCAGCCCUUCAACAGCUGGCCACAAUGUGUGCCGAUAUUACGGACGACGAGGCGGUCUCAAAGAUUCUCCGAGACGAGGUCACCAAAGCGCAGAAAUCCCAGCGCUUUAACAUGAUCCUAGAGGGCGUUGAUAACUUGCACUCCGACGAAAAUCCGAUGACGUUGAAGGAUUUCCUGGCGUUGUUAUCCAAACUGCACAAUUCCAUGCACACAGGGGCUGGAUCAUCAGUGCCAGUGAAUAAAAAGCGGUAUGGGAACGAUACCAUUCAUUUCCCAUACUCCCGUCAUUCUUCCUAUAACGAACUCCGCCAUCUUGUUGGAGUGUUUCGCCCCAAAGAUGUUUGUCCUUGCACGGUUGAAAUGGAAUCCUGGUCUGAAGAGCUAAGCAUGGAAGCUCUCUUCGGCGACCUCUGCGUGGAAAAGACGUUCUACCACGAUCGAGAGACCAGACAACAAGUUGAAGAAUGGAGAGAAAGGGAAAGUAUAGGUUUGGCCAGUGGCAGGAAGAGGAAACGAGAAGAGGAAGACACCCAAGAAACCGAAUCCCAGGACGAUGACCAUUUGGAGGAAUUCUAUCAGAGUGCCCGCACGAACGUGGAUCGGGCUAGUUGCAGUGGAACAGGGGUGAAGGUGGGAUCGGGCGAAUCCAUACCCAGCAACCCUAAACAAGACGACCUAAUCGAAGGUGAUGAAGAAAAAGUAUAUAUCACUUUGGAUGAUGACUCGGAAGACGAAUGCGUGUCUCUUUCGGUGUUUGAGAGCAUUUCUGGAGAGCAAUUGGACCUAUUGGCAAGCAGGUCGGCCGUCAGAUCAACGAACGAGCUGCAUUUGCGGUCGCAGUCUCACGCCGCUGGCGACGCUAAAAUGUCCGUCGACGACAAGCUAUCUAGAAGGCAUGCCAGGCUAGAGGCAUAUUGGGCCGCAAGACACUGUCUGGUCAGGAAUGACAGUAGUCAUUGGGAUGACUUAUCUUUGAGGAGUGCUGGCCACCGUGGCCAUGACGAAGAGGAACUGGAGUUAUAGCCUGGUUUCAUGUAUACUGCCAUAUAUAGCAUCUUAUUAGCAUAUGUUCUGUACAUUGUAAAAUAUUUAUGUACAUUGUAUAUGCCUGACAGCUGGGAGGCCUUUGUGUGGA